CCUUCUUUGCUCCCUACCACAUCAUGCCAUCUCCGCCUACCCACACAAAGGUGGCCCGCUACGGCACAUGGGAGUCACCGAUCACUCCCGACCUACUCACACAAGGCGCCAUCUCCUUUGGCGAGAUCACCGUCGUCGGCUCUCCUCCGCGUGUCGUGUACAUCGAGAACAGGCCAGUAGAAAAGGGCCGCGCAGCUCUGGUGGAUAUCGGGACCGUCGAGGAUGAGGGCAAGUCAGAGCCGGCGGACAUCACUCGCGGCGAGAUCAACGCUCGCAGUGCGGUGCACGAGUAUGGAGGAGGGGCAUUAGCGUCGUCCGACCUCGAGGGGGGGAUCGUCGUCUUUGCGAGCUACAAGCCGGGGGACUAUGGGGUUUUUAAGAGCACCUGGACCGGUAGCGACUGGUCAGCGCCGCAGCGCAUCACCCCGCACAAUACAGCAAUGCGCUACGCCGACUUCUGCAUUCAUCCUUCCAACCCUAGCCUGAUCCUCGCAAUCCAAGAGGACCACACCGUCGACACGCCCUCCGCCGUGGUGAACACGCUGGUUAUCAUCGAUGCGAGCGACAAGACGGUCAAAGUGGUGGCGUCAGGGAGGGACUUUUACUCCUCGCCACGCUGGUCCUCCGACGGACGCUUCGUGGCGUGGGUGAGCUGGGAUCAUCCGGAGAUGCCGUGGUGGGCUACAGAGCUUUGGGUUGCUUCGUUUGACGCGGGGAAGAGGGAGAUCGUAGACUCACGCGUCGUGGCGGGAAAGGAGGGGAAGGUGAGCGUGGGACAACCCAUCUGGAUGCCCGGCAACUCUGCGAGCGCGGGAGGUCAGACACUCGUGGCCUUCUCCGACGAGAGGAACGGCUUCUCCCUGCCGCACAAGAUCAACGUCGAUGCCACCCCAGACAAUCAGCUGCAACUCGGUUCUUGGACUCCCGUACUUGACAAGCCAAUCGAAGGGGACUUUCUCAAGCCGGCCUGGACUCUCAACAAUAGCAGUGUCGUUGCCCUGAACGGGGAGACGCUCGCCUGCAUCGUAACGCGCGGUGCGACGGACACCCUCAGCGUCCUCUCCCUUGGCUCAGGCAAGCUCACCGAGCUCGUCACGCCGUACAAGGCCUUCCACCAGCUACGCACAGCGGGAUCGCGUCGAGUAGUAGUCAACGCGGGGAAUGCGCAGCAGCCCAGCGCCAUUGUGGCCAUCGACGUCGAGGCCAGCUCGCCCAAGCCGCAAGUACGCGUACUGCGCCAAUCCUCCGACCUGAUCGCGUCCGGCAAGAUCUCCCCCUCGUACCUCUCCCAGCCUAGGGAGAUCUCCUUCCCCACCACCCUCCCCCCGCAAUCCACCCCAGCACUAUCGCACUGCAUCCUCUUUCCCCCUCGCAACCCCAACUACACCGCUCCCCGGGGCACGAGCCCGCCCUGCAUCUUCCGCAUCCACGGUGGCCCCACAUCGGCCGCGUCGGGCGGCGAGUUGAAUUGGGAGACGAACUUCUGGACUUCACGCGGGUAUGCGGUGUGUUUCGUCAACUAUGGUGGGAGUACGGGGUACGGGAGGGAGUUUAUGCUCCGGCUGAACGGGGAGUGGGGGAGAGUGGAUACGAGGGAUUGUGUGGCUGCGGCGAGGUAUUUGGGUACGGUGCAACGACCUGCGCGAGAGGACGUGGGGAAGAUGACGCGGAUUGCACGCCAGCAGUGGGAGGGGCUGGAGGAGGUGUACGAUACGGCGGAGGGGAGCGUAAAGGUUACGAUGCAGCGUCCGCAGGGGCAGGGCGGAUGGGGAUGGUGGGACCUGGUUACCACGCCGCUUGCCGCAGUCGCUUCGCUCGCUCUGGGACGUCUCGCAGCGGGCGUGGGCAUGGGCACGGGCGGGCUGCUCGCCUCCCACCCGACAGCAACCACGGCUGGUGUCACAUUGGCGGGCAUGCUAGCCUACCUCCGCCUAGCCAAAGUACGCGUACUGAGCGAGAGUGUUUGGGUUUCUUCUACGCUCGGCUUGCAGACGGAGACGCGGCGCGGCCUCUUCCUCCCCUUUGCGCGCCGCAAGCCCUUUGUCCUCUCAACGCAGCGCUCCCCGCUCAUUCCGAGGGACAGGAUCCUCGACCUCGUCCUCAACUCCAGCAUCUCGCGAUGGUCCGUCCGAGACUACCUAGCCGUGGGGGUGCGCGCAAGCCCGCGCGACAAAGCGGGCAGUGCAGGCGGGUCCUCCUCAUCGUCAUCAUCCGCGCGUAGCGCUGGGAGACAGCUGCACACCCUCUUCCCUCACAUGGAACCUCGCCUCCCCAUCGUAGAGCGCAUCCACUCCACGCUGUACCCGGCCCUCUUUCCCUCCUCGUCCAACCCAGUCGAGGCAGCCCGCGCCCCCAUCCCAGCACUGAGGCACAACGCUCCCCCCUCGGGCUCACCGCUCAUCGACCCGACGAAGCUGAUCAUCUCGGGCGGGUCCGCCGGCGGGUAUACGGUGCUCGCCUGCCUGGUGAACCAUCCGGAGCUGUUCAGCUCCGCCACGUCCAAGUACGGCGUGGCCGACCUCACUCUUCUAGCGCAGGAGAGCCACAAGUUUGAAAGUCAGUACGUCUUCCAACUCCUGGGUGGGACGCCAGAGCAGGUACCCGAUGUGUACCACGAUCGUAGCCCGAUCUAUAAAGCUGGGAGGAUCAGGACUCCCUUGCUUGUGGCGCAGGGGAGCGAGGAUAAGGUCGUUCCGCCUAAUCAGAGUGAAAUGAUCGUCGAGGCGAUCAAGGGGCAGAAGGGGGAUGGGGGGGAGGGGAGAGUCAAGUACUUGUUGUUCGAGGGGGAGGGGCAUGGGUUUAGACAGAAGGAGAAUGUGGUGCGCAUGCUGCAAGAGGAGGAGGGGUGGUAUAGGCGGACGUUGGGGCUGGAUGCAUAA